GCGGAGCUAGCAAAGAUAACUGUUUCAAUCAAUAAGCUGGAGCGGAUAGCGGUCUGCCUGCCAGUACUGCAAAAUGGCGGAUCAAGGUAGGAACGGAGAGAAGUGUGGGCCACGUGCCAUCAUCCUGGCGCGGUUGCUUCGGUUGUUGUGUGAAGAGGGAAUUCUUGAGCCGUCCCGAAAGAGCCCGGUAGUGCGAUUCCAACACCCCGACAAGCUGCAGGAAAUUCUGAGCCUUGAACCAGAGGCACAGGGUGUACAUAUGAAUGAGAUUCUCCAUCUAUGUCAUGAUAUUGUCAAGUACUCUGUGCAGACAUGCCACCCACACUUCAAGAAUCAGUUGUAUGGUGGCAUAGACCCUUAUGGUUUGGCUGGCGCUUGGCUUGCAGAAGCCCUGAACACCAACAUUCACACUUAUGAGGUUGCUCCUGUAUUCGUUCUUGUGGAAUGUGCGGUGUUGCGGCAUGUCCUCAAUAUUGCUGGAUUUCCAAAUGGAGAUGGGAUAUUUGCCCCAGGUGGUAGCAUGUCCAACAUGUAUGGCAUGGUGUUGGCCAGAUACAAAGCCGUUCCUGACUCAAAGAUGAAGGGCCUAUCAGGGCUGCCUCCACUUGUGGCAUUCACUUCUGAAGAUGGGCACUACUCAGUGAAGAAGGCUGCACACUGGCUGGGCAUUGGCACAGAAAAUGUUGUUGCUGUAAAAACUGAUUCUCAUGGACGAAUGAUGCCAAGUAGACUUACUUGCUGCAUUCAGCAGGCAAUUGCUGAAGGAAAGAAGCCUUUCUUUGUUUCUGCUACUGCUGGAACUACUGUUUUAGGAGCAUUUGACCCUCUUGAGCAGAUUGCUGAUAUCUGUCACCAGUAUGGUCUAUGGCUCCAUGUUGAUGCAUGUUGGGGUGGAACACUCAUGCUUUCCAAGAAACACUGUCAUUGUCUCAAGGGUCUGGAGAGGGCAGAUUCAGUUGCUUGGAACCCCCACAAGAUGCUUGGAGCACCACUCCAAUGUGCAUUGUUUCUCACCAAAGAGAAGGGGCUAAUGCACCACUGCAACUCUGCAUCAGCAUCAUACCUGUUUCAACAGGACAAGUUUUACGAUGUCUCAUUUGAUACAGGGGACAAGAGUGUGCAGUGUGGGCGGAAGGUCGAUGCAUUCAAGCUUUGGCUUAUGUGGAAGGCACAUGGCAGCAAUGGAUUUGAGAGCCUCAUCAACAAUGCUAUGGAUGCUUCACGGUACUUCAAGGAGGCAAUACAAGUACAGCCAGGGUUCAGACUAGUGCUGGAUGAGUUUGAAUGCACAAAUGUCUGCUUCUGGUUCAUCCCACCCAGUCUCAGGGGGCAGGAAGAGAAUGAUGAAUGGUGGAAUAAGAUACACACAGUUGCACCAAAAAUUAAGGAGAGGCUGAUACUUUCUGGGACCUUAAUGAUUGGCUAUCAACCCCUGCCUCACAAAGGACUCAGAAACUUCUUCCGUUUUGUGACAUCGUGCCACCCACCACCAACAUAUGCAGAUAUGGAUCAUGUAUGGCAAGAGAUUGAAAGACUUGGAGCAGAUUUGUGGUAAAUCACAGAAUUGGUGCAACUAAU